AUGCAAUGGAAACAGCAAUUUUUGCAGUGGUCGAAUAUUAGGGAGAAUCAGAUUGCUGUAUUUACGAGCGAUCAGAAAGAGAAGUUCAUGGGCCAGUCAGGAAUAGUAAUCUCUACUUAUAGCAUGGUAGCAAAUACACGUAACCGCUCUUAUGAAGCCACGAAAAUGAUGGACUUUAUUAAAGGUCGCGAAUGGGGAUUUAUUCUACUCGAUGAAGUACAUGUUGUUCCUGCAGCAAUGUUUAGACGUGUUGUCACCACGAUUGCCGCGCAUACUAAACUCGGACUGACUGCAACACUAGUCCGGGAAGAUGAUAAAAUUUCGGAUUUAAAUUUUCUAAUUGGGCCAAAGUUAUAUGAAGCCAACUGGAUGGACCUGGCCUCAAAAGGCCAUAUUGCAAACGUACAGUGUGCUGAGGUAUGGUGUCCGAUGACACCAGAGUUCUAUAGAGAAUACCUCAGAGAAGCGUCGCGGAAGCAGUUGCUGUUAUAUGUGAUGAAUCCAAGAAAAUUCCAAGUGUGCCAAUAUUUAAUUAGGUAUCAUGAAGAAAGAGGAGACAAGAUUAUAGUGUUCAGUGAUAACGUGUAUGCGCUAGAGCAAUAUGCAAUUAAAAUGGGAGUUCCGUUUAUUCAUGGUAAGACAGCAUCGCAAGAGCGGAUGCGUAUCUUACAGAAUUUCCAGCACAAUCCCGCUGUUAAUACAAUAUUCCUCUCGAAGGUUGGUGAUACGUCAAUAGACCUUCCAGAAGCAACCUGCUUAAUCCAGAUAUCCUCCCAUUACGGCUCACGUCGACAGGAGGCACAGCGCCUUGGACGUAUUCUCCGUGCCAAACGUCGUAACGAUGAAGGAUUUAAUGCGUUCUUCUACUCUCUCGUUUCCACGGAUACUCAAGAGAUGUAUUACUCUACUAAGCGACAGCAAUUUCUCAUUGAUCAAGGCUAUGCGUUCAAAGUCAUCACUAAUCUCGAAGGAAUUGACAAGGCGGAUUUGGCUUAUAAAUCAAAAGAAGAACAGUUGGAAUUGUUGAACACUGUUUUGAUCGCUAACGAGAAUGCAGCAGAGAUUGAUAACGACGUCGAGUCUAAUGUUGAUGAUCUUCCUGGAACGACAACUUCGAGGAAUUUCUCGAAACUCCCUCCAUUUGGAAAUAGGGUUAAGAGGAGCGUCGGAAGUAUGAGGAGUUUAUCUGGUGCGGAUCAUAUGGCCUAUAGGGAAUAUGUCAGACAGACAGGGUCAAAGAAGAUAAAAGACAAGAAGGAUAAGAAGGAUAAACCCGAACAUCAUGCGUUCUUUAAGAAACAUUACUAUGCAAAGAAAUGA